AUGACGGUUAUAGAUCAGGGUCAAGCAAGGCCCAUAGACCUCGCGCGAGGAUGGCCCUCUCUCGAUAUGCUUCCCUCGCACCUGCUGUCCGAAGCCGCUGUUAAGACGUUGAAAGAUCCUUCCAAAUAUUUACCGGCCCUACAAUACGGAGAUGACGCCGGCUACGGGCCUCUCCGAAAGGACAUCGCAAGCUGGAUCUCGAAUGUGGACGGGAGAGCUCACCUGCCAGAGCACAUUUGCGUCACAGCAGGCGCCAGUCUGGGCAUGGCCAGCAUCCUGCAGAGUUUCACUGACCCAAGCAUCACCCGGGCAGUCUGGAUAGUGGCCCCUGCAUAUCACCUCUCUUUUGGAAUAUUCAUGGACGCCGGCUUCGAGAAUCGGCUUAUGUCGGUGCCAGAGGAGACGGACGGAAUCGACCUUGAAUGGCUAGGGAUCCAGCUGGCAAAGUAUGGCGAAGAUCACAGCCAGCCAAGAAUCAACACUAGGAAGCCCGGUUCAGGUCGUAAGUUCUACCGACAUGUCAUCUACACCGUUCCGACAUGCGCAAACCCCUCUGGGAGGACAAUGUCCCUCUCCAACCGCAGCAGACUCGUCGCCCUCGCACGAAAACACGACGCCCUGAUUAUUUGCGACGACGUUUACGACCUGCUCCAGUGGCCCCUCCUUCAAGACUCUCUGAUUCCCCAGCCCCUCCCCGCGUGCCCCGAAAACGAAAACUACAAAGUCUACCCUCCGGUACAGCUACCAGAAAACAAAGCCCUCCCUCGCCUCUCCGAUCUCGACCUCGACCUCGGCCCCUCGGCCCACGACGUUCAGAGCGGAACCCACUUCGGCCACGCCAUCUCCAACAACUCCUUCUCCAAGAUUCUCGGCCCCGGCACGGGCUCGACCAUCUCCGGCGGCGCGCCGAGCCAGUUCGCGUCGGCCAUUGUGCAUGAGCUCCUGCAGAGCGGGCGGCUCGACGAGCACAUUGUGCGCUGCGUCCGGCCCGGGCUCCAGAGGCGCCACGCCAUUCUGGCGCGGGCCGUCGGUACCCAUCUCGCCCCGCUCGGCGUGUCGUGGGUGCGGCGCGACGAUGAUGGUGUCUUUGGCGGGUAUUUCCUCUGGCUGACGCUGCCGGUGGGGAGUCCGCCGGCGACGGAGUUUGCGGCGCGGGCGGAGGCGGAGGAGGGGGUCUUGGUUGUGCCGGGGAGUCUGUUUGGUGUACCGGGGUGUGGUGCUGGAGACAUGUACCAGAGGAACGUGCGAUUGUGCUUCGCGUGGGACGAUGAUGGUAUCUUUGAGGAAGCCACCAACAUGCACAAUGCAGCCUGA